CGGGAGCGGGGACGGCUCCGCCGCCGGCCGGGUCAUGCCCGUGCGCCCGGGGCGGCGGGGCUGCGGGCUGCGGCGGGAUGGGCGCGCUCCGGGCCGGUGCCCUCGCCUUCCUCCUCCUCCUCCUCCUCGGCUGCCUCCUGCCCCGGCGCGGCCCGCUCAGGCUGGUCUCAGGGAGGGAGGAGACUAAAGCUGCUUCCCGAAGCUCACCCCAGCCCAUGUCACCCUCUGAUUUCCUGGACAAGCUUAUGGGACGAACAUCAGGGUAUGACGCCCGAAUUCGACCCAACUUCAAAGGUCCACCCGUCAACGUGACGUGCAACAUCUUCAUCAACAGCUUUGGCUCCGUCACCGAGACCACCAUGGACUACCGGGUGAACGUGUUCCUGCGGCAGCAGUGGAACGACCCCCGCCUGGCCUACCGCGAGUACCCCGACGACUCCCUCGACCUCGACCCCAUGCUCGACUCCAUCUGGAAGCCAGACCUGUUCUUUGCCAACGAGAAAGGGGCCAAUUUCCACGAGGUCACCACCGACAACAAGCUGCUGCGCAUCUUCAAGAAUGGCAAUGUGCUCUACAGCAUUAGGCUGACACUGAUCCUGUCCUGCCCCAUGGACCUCAAGAACUUCCCCAUGGACAUCCAGACAUGCACCAUGCAGCUGGAGAGCUUUGGCUACACCAUGAACGACCUCAUCUUUGAGUGGCUGGAGGAACAGGAGGCUGUGCAGGUGGCAGAGGGCUUGACACUUCCACAGUUCAUCCUCAGGGAUGAGAAGGACCUGGGCUAUUGCACCAAGUACUAUAACACAGGCAAGUUCACCUGCAUUGAGGUGAAGUUCCACCUGGAGAGGCAGAUGGGUUACUACCUGAUCCAGAUGUACAUCCCCAGCCUGCUCAUUGUCAUCCUCUCCUGGGUCUCCUUCUGGAUCAACAUGGAUGCAGCACCAGCCCGGGUGGGCUUGGGCAUCACCACGGUGCUCACCAUGACCACGCAGAGCGCCGGCUCCCGCGCCUCCCUGCCCAAGGUGUCCUACGUGAAGGCCAUUGACAUCUGGAUGGCCGUGUGCCUGCUCUUCGUCUUCGCUGCCUUGUUGGAAUACGCAGCCGUCAACUUUGUCUCCCGCCAGCACAAGGAGUUCAUGCGCCUGCGCCGCCGCCAGCGCCGCCAGAGGAUGGAGGAAGAGCUCGUCCGCGAGAGCCGCUUCUACCUGCGAGGCUACGGGCUGGGCCACUGCCUGCAGCCCAAGGACGGGGCUGGGGAGGGUCCCAGCAUGUACAGCCCCCCUCCAGCCGCCCUGCUGAGGGAGGGGGAGGCCCUCCACAGGCGCUACCUCGACCGGGCCAAGCGCAUCGACACCAUCUCCAGAGCCGUCUUCCCCUUCACCUUCCUGGUCUUCAAUAUCUUCUACUGGGUCGUUUACAAAGUGCUGCGCUCGGAGGACAUCCACCUGGUGCCCUGAGGCCUGGAAAAGUACGACUGCCUGUGUGUCUGACCCCCUUGCAGUGUGCCCGGGCAACACAAGCUCAGCCAGAACUGCAUUUCCCUCUGUCCCCGAGCAGCGGCUCAGCUGGGCUGGGCAUCAGAGCCUGGACAGACAUGUGGUAGCCCAUUCCCCACUGGAUCCCAGGGCACCAAGAAGGGGGAUCAACAACCACAGGUCCCCACAGUCAGCUGGAGAGAGGGACCCUUCCUACUUCCCGCAUGGUGUCACCCCCAGGUACCCAGGGAUGCUGAUCUGCUGGGGAAGCCCCAGGAACCCUGGGAUGCUGUGCUGUCAGGGCAUAGGGAACAAAUAGUACCCAGGAAUGCAGUGCUGGACGGCACAGGGGAGCCCCUGGAACUCUCGGCAUGCUGCACAGACAGUGGCCAAAGAACAUCACCUUCCAGAAAAAGAUUCUCCACCUCCACACCUACCUGGCUAGGCUGCAGCUUCUCCAGGCUGCAUCACGGAGCUGGGGGCCAUGGGCAGCAGUUCUCUCUCCUCUAGCCUGGAGCUCGGUUGCAGGAAAGGCUGGACUGUCUGGAGUGCUGUCCAUGGCCCCAUAGCCCCCAGCCCAGCAGUGGACAGGGCCCCUCCAGCCCCCAGCCAGCUCCAACGCACAGCAAAGCAGUGGAUCAGGGAUGCUUCCCUCGCUGCACAGCUCAGAACUGCCCAUGAUGCCCAUGGCUGCAGGCAGGACUGUGGCAGGGGCACUGGACAGGAGGCUCUGCUUGCUCCAAGGCAGUGCCAGCUCUGAGGCAGGCAGCAGGCAAGCCCAGUCCUGCUGAUGGAGAGGGAGCACAGAUGGCCACUGCAGUUGCAGAUGGCAGUCACUGGGCACUGGAGAGCCAGCACUGCACUAUCAGCAGGGAAGGGCCCACAGCCCCUCUUCCAAGGGAGAUUUUCAGGAUGAAGGCAGUGGGGACAGUUUUGCUGAUCCUUGUGGGUGAGCAGAGUGGUGGCAUCCCCAGACUGCUGUGUUUCCACAGCACCACAGUGCCAGCAGAGAGCCAGAGGUGGAAACCAGCCUGUUCCCCAGCCUGGCACCUGGGUGCAGCAUCCCCUGGGCAUGUUCACCCCUGCUACUCCUCCACUGGGCAGGAAAGCAACUGAAACCUUGACAGGAGAAGCUCAGUAAGGCUUCCAGCCCUCCAGACCUGGAUACCCUCCGUGCUUAGCAGGAAAUAAAAGCAGUAGGAGACAUUUAUGUAGGUCCUACAGAGAGAAACGUGUUGAUGCUCUGCUUUCCCUCUGCCCACAGUCAGCCUGGGGGGCUUGCAGCCCACCCCCUCCACGGCCAUGGGACCCAGAGAAGGCCCAGGGUCCUCCAGAUAGGGCAGGAUGGAAACAGGAUUUUCCCCUUUCCCUGAAGGCUGUGGUGUCCCCAUGGCACAGAGGUGACCCGCCUGUCAUAGCAGAAUGGACCCUGCGGGGCAGGGGGACACGGGCAGGAGGCUGGCACUGCCUUCUGAAGCCAGACCCAGGAAGAAACCCCUGCUAUGACCCCUGGCCUGGCUCCUCAAGCAGGAAUCACCCUUUCCCUCACCGGACUGGGAACAUCACCCUGCCCCACCCAACACCCUGAACCCCACAGAGUCCUCAGCCACGAGCACCCAUCUCACAGGCUGGGCAAGCAGAGAACUGGCCCCAGUCCCAGCAGAGGACUGAGGGAGCCACGAGGACAGGCUGGGCCAGCUCCAUCCCAUCACCACCACUGUGCAUGCCUCCCCCACCGUGGGGUUCCCUGUGGGGUCUCACCCCAUGUCCAGGAUGGACUUGCUUUUGGGGAGGCCCUGUUUGGAGGCAGGGGAAGGGGUGUCCCUGGGCUCCCCAGCACCCAAGGCAGUGCCCAAUGGGGAGGUACCAGUGCCUGAGCAGCACCCACAGGCACUGGGCAGCCACGCCAGCCUCCAGCAGUGGUGGGUUUUUAAACAGCAUCGAUCUUCCUACGCAAAUAAAGCUUUCUGGGAUUUUCA